GUUUAUUAGAUCUGUGCAUUCACUAUAAGUGAAAUGUAUACCGUCCGACAGCUACAUUGAGAUGUUGACAUUGAAAUUCUAUCACAUAAUAUUACAACGAACAUGUAUGUGACGCUCGCUAGAAUGUACAUGUGUGCGUUAAUCCCAGUAUUUCAUACAUCGAUAAUGCCAGACGAGUUUCUUAUCUAGAUUAGUUAAACCAAAUUAAAAAAAUAUAUAUCCACCACAGUAACAACUAUAGAAAAAUCAUAAAAUUAAAAUGUUUACAUGUCAGUUUAUAAAUACACGCUUAAGAUGUUUGUCUGAAAUUUCAUUUUGAAUUUUGCUAUAGUACGGUGUAGUUGUGGAUGAAGAUUUGAAAAUAGUUUUACAAUCCAGCUCAGUGAGAAUGGCCCAAGAUAAAUUACAACUUGGGCAAGAUAAAAUAAUAACCUUGAAGAACCUUGAAGUAACCAAUCUUAAAGAAUGCAUCGAGCGCUAUCUCGGAGUACUAAACAACGGGACAUCAUACUGUAAUGUUACUUUCGACUCGUACCUAUGUUGGCCUCCCACUGAACCCGGAACUGUUGUGAGACAACCAUGCCCUCGAGUGAGACUCAGUGAUCCGUCGCAGUACGCUUCUCGACGGUGUGGAAUCCUGGGCACCUGGGAUAGUCGCCCGGGCAGAGAUGCCGGCUGGACCAAUUACACCAGCUGUCUUCCGGCUAAUGCUCAGGAGAUGGUGUCUGAAAUCAUCAAGCACGAUGACAAAUACAGCAUUAUACUAGGAACCCGCUAUAUGGAAAUAGUAGGAUUCAUCGUGUCUUUCAUUUUUCUAUCAACGUCGCUUUACAUACUUACAUACUUCACGGUGCUUCAAAACACUCGCAACAAAAUCCACAUGAACUUAUUCGCAGCCAUGACAAUUCAGACACUAAGCCGUCUGGUGAUUUAUCUCGACCAACUUUUCAACGUCCGAUACGGAAUUUCCCACACGCCGAUAGUUUGCGAAACAUGCUACGUUAUUAUGGAAUGCACCUGCUCGGCAAUGUUCGCUUGGAUGCUCAUUGAAGGCAUUUAUAUACGAUAUUUGAUCUCAAAAAAAAUCAUGAAGUCUUUCGAUUUCAAAAUUUAUUGCUGGUUCGCUUGGGGAGUGACAAUAUUCUUCACUACCGUCUGGGCUUUUUCUACUAAGCCUAACCAUGUUGAUGAUUGCUGGUUCGGUUACAAUUUUGAGCCAACCUACUGGAUAAUGCAGGCACCCAGAUUUGUGGUUAUAAUGAUAAAUAUGGUCACAUUAGUGCUCAUAUUAAAGAGAUUAUAUUCAAAAUUAUACGUAGGGGAUACUGAAAUUAAAAAGCUCAAAACUUCGGUGAAGGUGGUCACGAUCCUGACGCCACUACUUGGAAUCGUCAAUAUUUUGAAUAUGAUAGAUAUAUCAAUCUAUUCACCGACUUGGAAAUUUGCUGUCUGGCUUUACGUGUCUCAUUUUUUGCGAUCAUUUCAAGGAUGCUUUUUGUCGCUAUUCUACUGUCUCUUCAAUGGAGAGGUGCGCAAGACCCUUAAACGCAAGAUACAGGCUCUAAGCUUUUGGAAAUACUUCUCAUGGGAACGUCCAGCGAAUAACAACUCCCCCCGGGUCGUAAACCAUCUUCUCUCUGACGAGCUCAUGGAUAGUGUCCCACCACCACCCUUCUUUCGCAUAGAUUCGGCUGGAAAUCCGACUACGAGACUUGAAUGUGGUUGCAGGCCCAGAAUUGAUGUUGAACACCCUAGCUGCUCUUUGGAGGCGGAAUGCGUUAUCGAAAUGAAUGACUGCUGCGAAGUGCUUUGCGAAGAUUCAGUACCCUCAUGCUGCACGGAACAACACUCGGCCCGCAUUGUGGUAUACCCCGAGAUUCACGCGCCACCACCACAAAGGAGACAGCGCUCCGAGCCGGUUGAAAUAAUUGAAAUGAUAGAAACAACAGUUUAAGCACGAGUAUGGUUACCGAUUUUCAAUAUCAUAGCAAUCAGACCAUUCUUAAAUUGAAACUUUUAAAUGCAGGUUGAAUGAAAAUACCUAUAUUAAAUUUCUCUUAAAAAAAAAAAAAAACAAAUUUAUGUCAAUGAAAAUACUGUUGAGAAAAGUUUUCGAAAUUCUAUCGAACACUGAUUUAGAACAAAUAUUUAAUUAAAGUAGUUUUUUUAUGAUUAACACAUAUUUUGUAUACAAAAAUUAUAUUAAAUAAAUCUCGAAAGGAUGUAUUUUUUUUACUACAGCUACAAUUUUAACAAAAAUAGAGAUUUAAACAUGAUAUUUAGAAAAUAUUUUGUAGCAAGUUUUAAAAUAUAUAGAUAUAUAUAUACCUUGGCAAUUCCCAAAAUUGAAACCGAUCCUGCUUAUUAGGUAAGUCUCACGUCUCUGAAGUAAUAAUUUACUUCAUAUUUGAAGAUUAAUGAAAACGUGAAAAAAAAAAUAAAAAAAAUAUCUCUAAAAUAUUAUUAUAAUCAGCUUAGUUAACUUUUAACGGCAACCUUUUCUUAAAUGAGUGUGUAUUUUCUAAUAAGAAAGUAGUGUUUCAUCAUUGUGUCAAAUUCAAAUUCUAAUUGUUUAAAAUAAUAUCUAAUAUAUGUCAAUUGUCGGCAUGUAGCACGUGUCAAUGCGAUUUUGACGUUUCUUUAUAAUAUCCUUCGGUUAUACUAGAUUGAUCAUAUUUAAAACUGUAUAACAUUUCGAUACGGCAAAACAAAACGUUGGCGAGCUGAACAAAAUUCAAACAAAUUGAUAGUGAAUGAAGCCAUGAACGAAAUGAAUGAAAUUAUUGCAUGGAUAUAACCGCAUGCAUAUAGUAGCAUUAGGAUAUUUGAUGUUCUAUAAAUUACGUAUUAAAUUCUUGAUGUUAUAUGUCUUUAUGAUAAUCUUGAUGUUAUAUAUAUUGUUAUAUAUGUUAUAAUGUUUAUAGCCUAAGAUGAUUUACUGUACUUUACUAUUCCUGUUUUACCUGUUUGUAUACACUUACCCCUGUUACUAAAAAAUUCACUAUUUAUUCGGUUUCGAGCUUAAACCUUAAACCCUUACAAGGUAGUAGAGACCUAUUGGUAAUAGAAUUUCAGUUGAGUUAAAAAUAUUAUUAUUAUAAAAUAUAAUUGAGUUAUUCUGUAUUAAAUGUAUUAGGAUGAACUCAGGGUGCUUGAGAGUGAUGUGAUAUUAAUGAAUAUUGAAAUGUGAUGCUGUGUUUAUGCUGUGUAUUGAAAAUGUAUUAAAAUAUAAUUUGUGAAUCUUAUUGAUGUUAAAUAAAUAUAAAA